UUUUGCAUUGAGGAAAAUGAAGGUCACUGAGGAAAAAAGCCUCAAUCUUCAGAUUCCAAGUUCCAGGCCUUCCCAUAGCCUCAACGUCUCUCUUUAUCAGUUUGCCAUUGUGUUGGAGGUAGGACUGGGAUAAAUUUCGGGAGAGAAACUGUAGCCCUUGAAUUGUUGAUCUCUCCUGUCCUCGGAGGGAAGCAGAACAUCAGGAUUGCUGGGGACCUGGACUUUGUGAGUCCCCAGGGGGAGAAGAGCCCUGGUGUGCUCCUCUGUCCUGCGCAUCUUCCUGCCCAGCCCGGCCCAGCCUGGCCACUGUGGAGCUGAGCCCGCCCUUCACUUGGGCUCCCCCCUGCAGCGAAGCACGGUGCCAGUCACACCCCCGGCUCGGCAUAGCACAGGUGCAGAAGGCAUCAGAAAGUGCUGAGAAGUCUUAGCUGAGCAACGUGCAACGGGGAGGAAACAAGAAUUUGGACCACCAUUUGCUUUCCUGGAUGCAAGAAGUCUUUUGAGGGGUUGAAUAAGGAAAAAUGGCCAAACGUACCUUCUCCACAUUAGAGACGUUCCUGAUUUUCCUCCUCAUAAUGAUGACUGCUAUCACGGUAGCCCUUCUCAGCCUCUUGUUUAUCACCAGUGGGACCAUCGAAAAUCCCAAAGGUUUUCCAUCCACUGAGAGCCCUCAGGCCACCCAGAGCCCCACAGCCACCCAGGGCUCCACAGCCCCUCAGCGCUCCACACUCACACAAGGUCCCACAACCACCCAGGUGGACCCAGUGACUACCACCCCAGAGCCUCCUCUAUUUCAGAACUUCAGUGGCUACCACAUAGGUGUUGGGCGAGCUGACUGCACAGGACAAGUAGCAGAUAUCAAUAUGAUGGGCUACGGCAAAGGUGGCCAGAAUGCACGGGGCCUCCUCACCAGGUUGUACAGUCGUGCUUUCAUCAUGGCAGAGCCAGAUGGGUCCAAUCGAAUGGCAUUUGUGAGCAUCGACAUAGGCAUGGUAUCCCAACGAUUGAGGCUGGAGGUCUUGAACAGACUCAAGAGUAAAUAUGGCUCCCUGUACAGAAGAGACAAUGUGAUCCUGAGUGGCACUCACACGCACUCAGCUCCAGCAGGAUAUUUCCAGUACACCGUGUUUGUGAUUGCCAGCGAAGGAUUCAGCAAUCGAACUUUUAAUUACAUGGUCACUGGCAUCAUGAAGAGCAUUGAGAUAGCACACAAAAAUAUGAAACCAGGAAAGAUCUUUAUGAAUAAAGGAAAUGUGGAUGGCACACAGAUCAACCGAAGCCCCUAUUCUUACCUUCAAAAUCCACUGGCAGAGAGAUUAAGGUACUCUUCGAAUACAGACAAGGAAAUGCUAGUCUUGAAAAUGGUAGAUUUGAAUGGAGACGACUUGGGCCUCAUCAGCUGGUUUGCCAUCCACCCUGUCAGCAUGAACAACAGCAAUCACCUUGUCAAUAGCGACAAUAUGGGCUAUGCAUCUUACCUGUUUGAGCAAGAGAAGAACAAAGGACAUUUACCUGGACAGGGUCCAUUUGUAGCAGCCUUUGCUUCAUCAAACCUAGGAGAUGUGUCCCCCAAUAUUCUCGGCCCACGUUGCGCCAACACGGGAGAGUCCUGUGAUAACGCCAACAGCACUUGUCCCAUUGGCGGGGCUACCAUGUGCAUGGCUAGGGGACCUGGACAGGAUAUGAUCGACAGCACACGAAUUAUAGGACGGGCCCUAUACCAGAGAGCUACGGCGCUGUAUGCCUUGGCUUCCCAGGAGUUAACUGGACCACUGACUUCGGCUCAUCAGUGGGUGAAUAUGACAGACGUCACCGUCUCACUCAAUUCCACACACACGGCAAAGACAUGUAAGCCAGCGCUGGGCUACAGUUUCGCAGCUGGCACGAUCGAUGGACCUGGGACCUUCAACUUCACGCAGGGGACAACAGUAUCAGAUCCAUUUUGGGACACUCUUCGGGAUCAGCUCUUUGGCAGGCCCUCUGAUGAAAUGAAAGAGUGUCAGAAACCAAAGCCCGUCCUUAUUCACACUGGAGAGCUGUCCAAACCUCAUCCCUGGCACCCGGAUAUUGUUGACGUUCAGAUCAUUACUCUUGGGUCCUUGGCCAUAACUGCUAUCCCUGGGGAGCUUACGACCAUGUCUGGACGAAGACUUCGGGAGGCAAUUAAAGCAGAGUUUGCAACUUAUGGGAUGCAGAAUAUGACUGUUGUUAUUUCGGGUCUGUGCAAUGUAUAUACGCAUUACAUUGCCACCUAUGAAGAAUACCAGGUUCAGCGCUAUGAGGCAGCAUCUACAAUUUAUGGACCACACACCCUGUCUGCUUACAUCCAGCUCUACAGAGGCCUUGCUAAGGCCAUUGCUACGGACACGGUGGCCAAUCUGAGCAGAGGUCCAGAGCCUCCAUUUUUCAAAGAACUGAUAAAACCAUUAAUUCCUAAUAUCGUGGAUAGAGCACCAAUAGGCAAGAACUUUGGGGAUGUUCUGCAGCCAUUGAAUUCUAAAUACAGAGUGGGAGAAGUUGCUGAAGUUACAUUUGUAGGUGCUAACCCAAAGAAUUCAGCAGAAAAUCGGACCCAUCAGACUUUCCUCACUGUGGAGAAAUAUGAGGAUGCUUCAGCGACAUGGCAGGUGGUACAUAAUGACGCCUCCUGGGAGACUCGUUUCUAUUGGCACAAGGGAUUACUGGGUCAUAGCAAUGCAACGAUACAAUGGCAUAUUCCAGAUACUGCCAAGCCUGGGAUCUACAGAAUAAGAUACUUUGGACACAACCGGAAGCAGGACUUUCUCAAGCCCGCUGUCAUACUUUCAUUUGAAAGCACUUCCUCUGAUUUUGAAGUUGUAACUACUUAGUGAAAAGUUGGCACAGCAUUUAAAGUGUUGCUCUGUAUAAAUUAUGUCACUGAUUUUAUAUGAAUGUAAACUAUUCUGAUGACUUCUAUAGUUGUCCCAGUUUGGAGUUUACUGCUAAUGGGACAGAGGGGUGUGUGUGUGUGUGUGUGUGUGUGUGUGUGUAUGUAUGUGAUAUGUAUGUGUUCCAUUUACCUUGCUCUAGCAAUUUUUACCUCAUGGUCUACAGCAUGAUUUCCCUUGGGAACUUGUGGCUGUUUAAAGCAACAGUUCUCCCCAUAUAAAGCCUCUGAAAUGUAAGAGUGGUUGAAGAUGUGUGAACAAUGUUUAAACUAUUUAUUUAUAGGGUUAUUGAAUGUUAGCACUGGAAAAGCUUAGAGAGAUCACCUAGUUUGACCCUUCAUUUUGCAGAUGGGAAACAUAAAAUUUUAUGGAUUUAAGAUUAGCAUAAAGCUACUCGACCUUUCCUGUCAGUUACAUUUAAAGAACAGUAUAUAAAUAUCAACCAUAAAUAUAUAAGCCCCGUUAGAGAAAGUAGCAUGAAAAUUAGCAUGCCAGUGUUUCUGUAUCGAACACAGCCUUUCAGAGCAGUCACUCUGGGGUUGAUGUGCCCAAUCCAGGUUUAUCAUUGAUGCACAAAUCAUUUCUGGAAUUGCCUUCAAAGCCCACUUACAGAAAGUGAGACUUGUAAUAUUUGGAUUAUGCCUUGUGUUUCCCUAAGUGCCCUUAUCCUACUCAAUUGUAUCUCUUAUUCCCAAGACUUGUUCUCAGUGAUUUUUGACCAUUCUCACUUAUCCAAUUUACCCCCCAAACCACAAAGCUUUGCUUUUAGUGUAGAUAUUAAAAUGAAAGUGAUGUUGACUUAGAAGGGAGUCCUCAAAGGGGAGGCUUUAAAUUCAUGUUCUUCUAUCGCUCACUCACUCACUUGGUUAUGGACCCAUUCAAUUAUGACAUAUUUAUUAAGACCUAUUCUCAUACUCAGCAUUGCACAAGUGUCUGGUACAAUGACAGUUGGUGAGCUCAAUUCGUGAAACCAUAUUUUGGAUGAAUGUAUAAUUAUCAAAAGGUGGCUAUUUUGUAGGAGAAAAUAAUCAAUUCAAAAUAUAAAUUCUGGGGAGGCAUUGAAAAACCAGUAAUCUUCAGGUAUAUCCUCUGUGUUGGGUACUCUAAUUUUUUGAAAAAGAGGCUUCAGACAACUUGGAAAAAGCUGUUUUGAAGUUACGUUGGGGCAUUACAAAAUACCCAGCCCAAUGUCCAAAAGAAUGAGAUAGGACAAUCUGACAUUGAUUGCUGGAAAGUGCUAAUUGCAUUUAAAGUUAUCCAAGUUAACUAGUUGCCCCAAGGCUGUUAAAUAAACUUCCAGAAACCAAGUCAUGUUUUGUGUGUGUAUAAAAGAUUCCACAUUUUAGGGAAAAAUCAAUAUUUCAAAAACAAACUUCAAAGCUUGAAAAAGAGUCAUAGAAAUAAUGAUAAUAUUAACGCCCAUGUUUGUAGGACUUGAACAUGCAUUAGAGUGAACCUGGAACAUUUUUUAAUGAAUCAGUCCUCUGCAGACUGUUUCUAUGGAAAUGAACUGCUGGAGAAUUAGCUAAUCAGGAUUUCAAAUGUGUAGCACUCAUUUUCCCUAACGACCUCCCAGUAACUAGUGAAAAAGUUCAGAGGCCUAAAAGAGCAGGUAAUUCUCAAAGUAGUUGACCCCAGACAGAUAAGUUGUAUUAGAACUCAUGAUAUGAUUUUUUAAAGGUAUUUCUCAUGACUCAGAAAAGUUUUUGAAUGAUUUUCUCCCUUCCUCCCCCACCCCCCAACCCCAAGCUUCCCAUUGAAGGUUUCCUCAGUUGGCCAGUGAUUCCCUAUUGUUUACUUGCAACUGUGCCCAGACGGCCUUGGCAUUACCUGUUGAUGAUCCUCCUGCACCCAGUCCUCUGUUCAGUACUCUUGGCCCCAAACAAUCCACAGAAACCUGUUUUGUCACUAACGGCCAUUUCUUCCAACCCAUGCAGUUCCAUUGCUGCAGUUUGUGUGUAAAUGUAAGAACAAAUACCUGCAUUGCAGAUACCACAGAUUCUUUGGAGCAUAAAAGAACACCAUCAAGAGGCUGAUCUGGUCUGUUCAUGUCAAAACAUAGACUCAAUCUGUGUCUGUGGCUGCUGCUUCUUGGAGCCAAACCAUGUGAAGAAAACUCCUGAAAUUAGUGGAGAAUGUGGAAAAACAGGGGAUUGGGUUGAUGGGAGAAUUCUGCUGGAGAAGAUUUUGUUUCUUGUGACAAAGUGUCUGUGUUUUGUUUGUUGUACUCUGUCUAGUUUUAAGGAUGCUGUGAUAUCUUCAAAAAGGACUGAAUAAUCCCUCUAUAUUUUUCAAUAAGUAUUGCAUAAAUUGUCAAUAUUCAAUAGAAUGUUUAAUAAAAUAAUAAUUACACUGGA